AAAAAUAAAAAAUCAAAGAACGCUCUCACAAAGAGAAACGAAUCAAAAAAAAAAAAAUGGUGAGAAACGAAGCGAAAGCAAAAUCGGCGAGGAGACCACUGAGGGAUUUACCAAACAAUAAAAACAGUCAGUCUAACACCACCACCAACAAUGGCGGAAAGUUCUCCAAAUCAAUUAGCGUUCCACAGAAAUCACUAACUGUUUCCACUAUGAAGCAGCAGCAGCAACAAAAACAGCCAAAACAAGAAGACGAAGAUUAUUUAGAUCGUCUCUUGCUUGCUCAAUCCGAUCUCUCAUCUCUUACUCGUCAGAUUGAUGAACUUGUUGCGCAAGCAUUUGAUUUGAAGUCCAUAAACCAACAAGGGAAGAGAGAAAUUGAGUCAUUUUGUCAAUUCUUGUCUGAUAUGCUUACAUCUUUAAAGCCAUGGGUUCCCAGAUUUCGAAAGGCACUCUCUAAUAAGAGCCAGUCUCCCGAGACUGAGAAUCGGUUUGGGGAGAAGUGUUUGACAAAUCAUAAUGCUGUUUCUGCUGUAAAUGAAGAUGAAAAAUUUGAGGUUCAAAGUCCUGAACAAACUGGGAGGAUUUCAAUGAUUUCUCCUUCUCCGCUUGUUUCUUGGAAAGCUGGCUGUGAUAUUGAUAGAGGCAGACAAUUCUUUUUGCUUACUCCUCUUCCUAUGUCGAAAACGUUCUCUUCUAAACGCACGGACUUGUCCAAAUCAGUGUUGGAAGGGACUUCGAGUCAUCCUGUUGUUGAAUUACAAUCAUUUCAAUCAUUGUCGGAGGAUAUAAAUGAUGAUUUGCUUCAAGGUGUAACUACAAAGCUAGUUCCAGUCAGGCCUUCUGAUUCGGUUGUGACUGAAGCCAAAAGCACUCCUGAUUCUCCUGCCUUUACCAUAAAAGAUCACUCUAUGCUUGUUAUGACUCCUUGCUUGAAGAUGUCCCCUCCAAGAUCGUGUGUUUUGCUUGAACCGUUUUCUGAUUCUACUCACGAAGGCAAAUCCAUGUUUCGGAAGGCUACUCCUUUCCCAAUUGGAUUGCUUUCAAAGAUAUCUGAAUCCUCUUCUGACAGUGAAUCGGAGGAUCUGGCUUUGAAGUAUCCAGAGCUUUUGGGGUUGCAACAGGCCUGCAAAUCCAAAGCAGGAAAGCAAGACUUAGAAGCAUCCCCUGAUUGGCUUUUUUCACCUCCUAAAACAUGUAUUCUGAUGGAGCCACCAGAUGGCAAAUCAUUGGCUGCUGCUGCUAUUGACUCCCACUUUCCAGUCCGUGCUCCUGACUUGAAUCAGCAAACAAACUCAAGCUCAUCAAAUGAGGACAAUCAUCAAGGUGCAGGACCGAUAGGUGCCAGGUUAAAAUCAGUUGAAAACACCCCAAUGUGGAAAGAACCUGAAAGCAUAAUGCAGACAGGGAAGCGUGCAGGCGAGAAUACUCUGAAAAAGGAGCUAUGGACGAGAUUUGAUGCAGCUACAAGUUACGGGGCUCGUCUAAAUGUCAAUGCAUUACAAAAAACUGCACGGAAAGGCUUUCUAGACAUGCUUGAUGAAGUUUCUUGUGAUGAGGAAGAACAUUGUGUGGAUGAUAAUUUGAGAUGACAAACAUUAACUCUUGUUGAUGUUUAGAGAAUUUUCAUUUGCAAAUUCUGCUGUAUGCUAUUGCCUUUAUGUCUUGUAUUACUUAUUCAGAUCAGCAUUUGUAUUCUGCAUUGUUCAUAAAUUCAUGUCCUGACUGGAAGUUUAUAUCUUGUUUCUCCA